AUAGUAUAGUAGUAACCCCGUAGUGUGUACAGUCCGUCCGUACGAUGAUGGGAGGGAAGAAAAAGGGACCCGCAAGUCCCGCGUUCUCUCGUCCGCCAGAAGGUCAGACGACUCUGUUGCCAUCGCAAGUGUAGUGUUCCGUUCCCUUGUAGGACAAAAAAGUGUAAACUUUUUCACGAAAAAAUUGUUAAUUCCGUCGGAAGAAGAAGAAACUAUUUUCCUUUUUCAAUUUCAAAUCUGUCGACAGGAAAUCAAUGGAGAAGAAGAAACACGGCCGACGACGAAAUGUGUUUUUGAAUUCCCGCCAACUUUCGACACGACAAGUGCUAGCUCUCUUCUCUCCGGGAAAAAUAGUUUGAAGAACAUUUUUUGAUUUUUUCGCCGACGAUUCCAAUUGAUUUGAAAAAAAAAAAAAAGUUUGGCUGCGUGCGGGACUCACGCAUAGCUCCGAUUCGUUUUUUUCCCCCCGAGUUAUUUUGUGCACGCGUUCCCUCGCCAGCUGUCAACCUGUUGGACCCCCCAUCUCUUCUAGUCAUCCGCUCUUUGAUUUUUCAAACUUGUUUGAAAUUGAGAAAAAGAAAUUUGUGUUUCUUGUUUAAACUGCCAAAUUAGCUGAUCGUUUCAAAAGAAUUUGACCGGGAAACAAAUGAACGGACGUAACGGGUAAAGUUGGGUUGGCCCCCCCCCCCCCCACUGUUUUACCGAGGAGAUUCAACCCCAUCGGAGAGAAAAGAUGAUUGGGAAAAACCAGCGUGUUAUUAUGACACCCACCGCCGCCGUCGCCGUCGUCUCUUGUUUGUUCCUCGUCAUCAUCCAGCGAUGCUGCGACGCCACGCAUCAAACGCAGCAGCCGUACAACUGCCCGCAGGAAUGCAUCUGUCUGUCUUCAACUCAAGUGUUGUGUAAUGGCGGUGGGCUGAGCCAAAUUCCCGACGACCUCCCGCCAUACGUGGAACACCUUUCGCUCAUCAAGAACAACAUUGGCCAGCUGAGGACGGACGCUUUCCAGCGCUACAAGUCGCUGCGCAAGCUCUACCUGGACGGCAACGCCAUCAAUCAGGUGCAGGCGUUCGCCUUUCGCGGCCUCGGCCGGCUCCAGGAGCUCUCCAUGCAGAACACGCCGCUGGAACGAUUAGGAGCCUUCACCUUUUCCGGACUGCACAAUUUGAGCCACCUCUACCUGGCCAACAAUCAGAUUCGCCGGAUCGAAUCUUACGCUUUCGCCGGAACGUCGUCCAUCCGCCUACUGGUCCUCACAAACAAUCCGACCAUCCGCAUCGACUCAUCCGCAUUCGCCGGGCUGAGUGAUGUUCAAAUGAUUUAUUUACCCGCCGGCGUCCGUCACCUGGAACAAGAUGCUUUCAACGGACUCUCCAUGGUGGGCCAUUUGAAGCUGGCCCAUUUGGACCUCCAGUCGCUCAACAGUUUCGUCUUUCGCGGCCUCAGGCACGUCCAGCUGUUGAGCAUCCAGGAAAGCGAUUUGGGCGUGAUCCGGCCGGGCGUCUUCACCAACAUGAGCAAUAUCGGGCGGCUGAGUCUGACCAACAAUAAAAUCGACGCCAUCGAGUCGUUUGAAUUGACGGCCGAUAACCGCGUCCGCCAAUUCCACUUUAUCGGCAAUCACGUCCUGGAUCUGCCCCACGGCCGGGCCAUCCGCAUUCGAGGUGUGCCGGUGGUGAACGCGUCCAACAACCAUUUCCCGUGCGAUUGCCACAUUUUCAGCUGGAUGAAGUCGGCCAUGUUCGCCAACCAGAGCCGCGAGCGGAUGAUGGCCAACAAUUAUUGCAUUUCUCCGUACGAGGUUCACGGCAAAUCCAUCCAGGCCGCCAAGGACGAAGCCCACCUCCUGGACGAUUGCCCAGACGACCCAAUCUCCGAUUCCGGCGAUGAUCCAGCCGAGCCGGGCUUGGCGGCCGAUAUCGAAACGACCCUGGAAACCACCAAACCUUCGACUCUAUUCAGCAGCAGCGACGGCCGAUCGGCCCACCAAUCGACGGCCGUUUUCAUGGUGUUGCUCUUGUCAUCCGUUUGUGUCAAAAUGUGAAUGGAUCCAUCCGCCAAAAAACCCCAAAAACUGCGAGUGUGUGAUUUGUAUUCCUGACGUGACAAAAUCAGGAAAUUGUACAAAAACAACAAAACAAAACUGAUCAAUAAUAAGCGGAAUAGACGGCCGAGUCACUGGCCAGGAUAGUGGCGCUCGAAUAGUAGGUGGAAAUGGGCCGACUGCUGGACACGCGCUCCGGCAGCUCGUAGAUGGAAUUGCAGUCGUCUUCGUCGUCGGUGGCGUCGGCCGGAAGCUGCGGGCGACGGUAGAGCCAAUCCUCGUAGUCUGACUUUUGCCACAACUCGCGCCACCUCUGCUCCGCCCGGCCCAAAUCAAACAGACAAACAAAUAUCAAGAGACGAUUGGAUGUGCCAUCCAACACGCACAAAAACUCCACAAACAACUUUUCUUUUUUUUUCUAGGGCCCCCGCCGAACAACUUUGAAUCCGAUCGUGAUCGAUCCGGUGAAUCAUUCAUCCGCUCUCCUUUAUUUUGGCCCAGGAAAUAUAUAUCUACGUGCGGUUGGAUGGGUGGGGGGCAUAUAAACUUGUCCAGCUGACCCCCCCAACCAACCCAAACAAACACGACUUUUCUACGACACACGGAAACUACUCUUAUCCGUCGUCCCCUAGCGACAAUUCAUUUAUGAUGCGGGUUUUUAUAGAGAUGGCCUGCCCUUUUUUUCCUUUCUUUUUCUUUAUGGUCUCUCUCCGCUUGUUUUUCGCCUCAAAGUUGUUGGUGGUCUGUUCUGGCCCCCCCCCCCCUUUUUGUCGUUGUUGUGAAUUGUAUACAGAGACACACACGGUAUAUGUACUACCUUGGAGCCGGGCAAGUGGCGGUAAUGGCGGGCGGCCAAGUAGAACGGAGUCAGCAGGACGGAAACCCAGGGGAGGCCGAGCAGCAAUUGUCCGACGAUGGCCAUUACGUUGCUGAUCUCACCGUCCGUCACCCGCACAGCUCCGUCAAUGAUGCACAUCUGUUUGUGGGAAGGGGAUUGAAAUCAAUUUGACUAAAUUACAUACGAGACACACACACACAAAAUACAUAUAUAUAUAAUAUAAUACUAUUUACAAAUAUUACAUUUCUCGAAAGAUAUCUCUCGCCGUAUUGUGUAUACUAUUAUUUGUGUUUUACGCCCACCCCCGCCCCCCUUGUAAAGUUUUACCAUUUCCAGCUCUAUUUAUGUGGUUCUAUCUAUCUCUUUUUCUAUGUGUGUGUGUGUGAUGUGUAUACAACCCUUGCUGCCUGGUCGCUGUACAGCAAUAAAUCUAUCGACUAAUCCCAUCGUUGCGGGACAGCACACACA